CAACACCCUGGCUGUGUAUCAAAACCUAGUGCGCUGACUACCUAGACAGCAUUUGUGGAAAUCAUAUACGUGUGUAACUACCAGUUUCAAGUAGCAGUGAUAUCCACGGGCACGCGUCCGUCAUUUCAAUAAACACUGCAAGGGCAUUUGAUGCGCAAGAAUGCUACACGCGCGUAACAUACACUGACAUGUCGUCGAAGGUGACUAGAUUUGAGAGACAGCCACUGACUGAUAAAAUGGCGGAGCAAAACAUCGGUGAAUCUCAGGAUGAGAAGGAAAUCCUUAUUAAGAAGGAUGCACUGUCACAGGACAGCGGUGAGGUUGUCGAGAGAACAAAAAACAAAGAGUCUAAACUGAUUUUGUAUCACUGGACUCAGUCAUUCAGCUCCCAGAAGGUGAGACUGGCAAUAGCUGAGAAAGGUCUUCAGUGUGACGAGAAUGAUGUGAGUCUGCCUCUGAGUGAACACAAUGAGCCCUGGUUUAUGCGCCUGAACCCCACCGGAGAGGUUCCUGUGCUGGUUCACAAUGACAAUGUCAUCUGUGAUCCCACACAAAUCAUGGACUAUUUGGAGCAGAACUUCUGUGAUGAGCAUACCCCAAAGCUGAUCCCAGAAGAGGGAAGCACGUAUUAUCAUCGAGUUCAGCAUUACAGAGAACUGCUGGACUCACUGCAGAUGGAUGCAUACACUCAUGGCUGCAUCCUCCACCCAGAGAUCACCGUAGACUCCCACAUCCCAGCUUAUGCCACCACCCACAUUCGCACACAGAUUUUAAACACGGAAUCUGAGCUUAAGAAACUAGCAGCGGAGAAUCCUGAUCUUAAAGAUGCUUAUAUUGCAAAACAGAGGCGUCUGAAAAGUAAAUUGUUUGACCAUUAUAACAUGAAAUACCUGAAGAAACUCCUGGAUGAACUGGAGAAUGUUCUAGAUCAGGUUGAGACCGAGCUGCAGAGGAGGAUUGAGGAGACACCAGAAGAGGGCAGUCAGCAGGCUUGGCUCUGUGGCGACUUCUUUAGCAUUGCUGAUGUCUCUCUCGCUGUCACUCUUCACCGCCUCAAGUUCUUGGGUUUGUCCCGUCGGUACUGGGGAAAUGGGACCCGGGUCAACCUGGAGACGUAUUAUGAGCGUGUCCUGAACCGGCCGACUUUCCGCAGAGUGCUUGGACAUGUCAAUAACAUCCUAAUAUCUGCUGUGCUGCCCACCGCAUUCAGGGUGGCAAAGAAAAAGGCUCCAACCUUUGUUGGUGCCUCUUUAUUGAUUGGCUUGAUAGGGGGCGCCACUUACCUGGCUUUCAGUUAUUUUAAAAGGAGACUUCUCGUGUCUUGAGACAGCUGUUAGGACUGUCUCAACAUAAGGUAUGUUUAUUAUCACAUUUGGCUCAUAUACACUGUAACAGUUUUAUGAUUGUUGCACAAGAAGCACUUUUUUUUCAUAAUAAGAAGCAAAGCAGUUUGAGAAACCGACAGUGCAUCUUUUCAUUGAAUAAGGUCAUUAAACCAACUUAAAUGUCUUCAGUUCAUGCUCUAGGUCCUUUAUGGCCAGUCUGUCUUGUGCUAAAAUGUCUGUGUUAAUGGCUGAUCACAAUUGCAGUAAAAUCAAUUACAGAAACAAAACUCUAUGAUUUCAUUACAUCAAUUUUGUAUAAUCCAACGUAAGUUCAUAAACACAAGUGUUUAUGUAGGAUGAGAAUUUGUCUGUUCUGCAUCAUUCUGCAUAAGUCAAAGGAUGUAAAAUACUACUGUAUAAUCAUCAGUAAUAAAUACUGUAUAAAUGCAAGUAAUAACAGUAAAGUUGUGUGUGUUUUCAUAUCUUUUAGAUAACUGGUAUCAAUCUCAGACAGGUUUGUUAAAAAGAUUGCCAGGUCUUCUUGGGUAAAUGGAAAACCUACUUGAGGUUAUUCCACUUUAAUAAGUCAGUUCACAUGCAAUAUGGGAAGGAAAAAUUAUUUUACAAACAACUUAGUAGAGAUUAUCAUACUGUCAAAAGAUUUGUGUCUAUGAAGCCAUCAGGCCAAAUUUGAUUUAAGUCAUGUUUCAUUUUUACUUAAAACCUAGACUGAUGUUGAUUUCCCAAAAGCACAAUGAGCCCAAGUAGAUCAUAGAUCCACUGCCACUAAUGGUCUCAAGGAUCAGCUUAGCUUACAGAGCUUUUGAGAAACGCAGCCUGUUUUGUUUAUGAAUUGGACACCGGUAUCGUGUCUCAGAGUGGAAGAUAAUUUCCACAGUUCAAAAUAACAAGGAACAUCAUGAUUUUAAGAAAUGUAGUGGAGUAAAAAGUACAAUACAAUGUGGUGAAGUAAAAGUUUCUUGAAAUGAAAAUACUCAGAUAAAAUGUAGAUACUUACACUUAGGUACAGUAAUGACAUGAAAAAUGUUGUUACUGUCCACCUCUGAUCCUGAUACCAAGUGUUUUUUUGAGGGUGAAUUGGCAACCUUGUCUACAUUUUUCAUGUGGUCAACUUGUACAAUGUGUAGAGUGCACUCUUAGUCUUUUGCUAGACAUCCCACCCAAAGUGUUGUGCCAAAGCUUCCCUGCUUCUGUGCAUUAAAUGGACAGCAAAAGUCACAGGUUUCUUGGAUGCAGACUUUGAAAGAAUGCAAAUGUCCUUAGCGUGUAAAUGGUUAUUUGUUUAAUGCUGGGAAUUCCUCUGCUUAUUAGUGGUCCAAGCAUUAAAGGUGUUG